GCAGUCUUGCGCGUCCGCGUCCGCCGCCUGCCGCCCGGCCGUCGGCCGUGCCGCCGUUUCAAGUUUUCGAAACGGAACGAUGGAGAUCGAGUAGAUUGGAGUAGACGAAGAUGGUUAGAAAAUAAUGAACAGAUCAUUGAUACGAUGAAUAAUCUGGGGAAACCUGCUAUGGAGACAGAGUCAUCGGACAAAGGCAAGUUAAAGAGACGGUCGGUUUCUUCUUCCAACAAUGAUUCUGAGAAGAACAGAAAAAGACGAUAUGUAUGCAGCAAGGAUAAAAGACAGAAAUCGAGACGUAGGAGUAGUUCCAACACUUCUAGUUCUUCUUAUGUUUCAAACUCGGAGAAAAAUAGAUAUAAAGCAAAGAACAGUAGAGAUGAGGAUGUAAAGCACAAAACUAAAAAGUAUGAAAAUAACACAGAACAACAAUUGCAAAGAAGAAGUGGAAGAUAUAGUAACGAUUAUAGAUUCUACAAUCGGAGGCCCGGAGGUAACUUUUUGAAUAAUCAAAGAGAUUAUGGCUAUUCACGACCUUACAGAUAUCACGGUUAUAAUAGAAAUAGAAGAGAUAUACAUAACAAUUACCAUUAUAAUAGAUAUAAUAGCAGAUGCUUCGAAAGAACAUUUAAUCAUAACAGAUCGAGGGUAUCGAGUUAUUAUAGAAAUAGUGGCCACGAUGCGACUAGUCAGCUCUCGCGAGAAAGUAGUUCGAAGGAGCAUGCAAAUCGAUCAAGAUCUAUCUCUAAGAUAGAAAAAUCUGAUUCAAUAAAAGAUAACACAGAUACAGUUGAACCAGUAAAACAGAAAGAGAAGAAAACAGAAAUAACACAACAUAUAACUCAGCCAAGUCGCAAGAAAUUAAAGAGGAAAAGGUUGUCGUCUGCAUCUAGUUCGUCUAGUGUCAGUAGUAGCAGUAGCGACAGUAGCAGCAGCAGUUCCAGCAGCAGCAACAGCACUAGCAGCAGCAGUAGCAGCGAUACUGACAGCAAUAGCAGUAGCAGCAGCAUUGAUAGCUCAGAGGACGAAAAGAAGCAGAAGAAAGCCAAGAAGAAGGCUAAGAAAUUGAAGAAGAAAAUGAAGAAACGGAAGAAGAAAAAACGGAUGAGGAAGAAAUUGAAAAAGAAACUAAAGAAAUCUGCAUCCAAGAAAAAAGGACACGGUAAGAAGAAGUCUAAGGAAAAUAAGCAACAAGUUCAAGAUGGCAAGGAAAAAAUGAAGGAAAUUGUAUCGGAUGUGAUAGAAAGAGCGAAAGCCAUGGCGCCCAUGACAAAAGAGGAAUGGGAAAAAAGACAGACCAUCAUGCGUAGAGUAUAUGACGAAGAAACUGGAAGACACAGAUUAAUCAAAGGUGACGGAGAAGUCUUGGAGGAGAUAGUGAGCCGAGAGCGCCAUAAGGAAAUUAAUAGACAAGCGACCAAAGGAGAUGGCAAAUACUUCCAAACACACUUGAAGAUGAACGCUUUGUGAGAUAUGUAUUUUUGUGCAAACAAAAACAAAAAAAGCAUAAUUAUCCUCUUUACAAUACAUAUAUAUAAAAAAAAUUAGGUGUUACAUAAUAAAUAUCUAUAUAUAAGUUAUGUAUAUAUAUAUAUGUAACUUAUAUCUUUCCUUGUCACAUAUAAAUGUUGCUGUCUGAUAUCAUAACAUGUUUUGUAUUGUAUUGCGAUUUUGAACAUUUAUUUAAGGGCACACUUAAAUUUGUUAUGUAUUAUUACAAUCGUAAUUCAUGCGGGUCACAGGAAAUUAGAUUAAGUUUAAAUUUUUUUUAUGAUAUUCUCUUAUAUUAUACAUAUAAUUCAAUGUAUCGGAAAUAAUAA